GAGUCCCUUUCCUCGCUCCGCUCAGAUGACACCUCCUCCUGUCCGAGGGCGCCUCUCUGUAAGUGGCCAGGCUGCUUGGAGGGAGGGAGACUCGGUCCCGCCUGCUGAGAGGUGGUGAUAUGGGCUGCCCCAUGGAGAGAUCCCUGCUGUGUUGGGAGCCUGGAUCAGUGCAUGCGAUCGGAAGGUGCCCGGGGGGCUACUGAGAGCGGCUUUCGGCGUGGGAGGAGGGAGAAAGAAUCUCCUCCUGGAGAGACCUGGACGGAGCCUCAAAAGCCACCUGACCUUCCCGUCUCUUCAGGGCCUUUUUGCUGGUGCAGCGUGUCGCUGUGGUGGAAAGUGUGCCUACUACAGAUCUCAGUGUCAGGAGUGGCCCAUGUGCACAGCUGAUGUUGAGGACCCACCUCUGAAGCCAGGAGACGACCAGAAGCAGAAGGAGGAGGAAGAAGAAAGACAGAAAAAGUGAUGAGAAGUUGAGGGAGCUUUGAGUUGGAGCCGUCUUCCUUCCUCCUCCAAGCCAGAGACAGCAGCGUCCCGCAGCAGUUGCAGCGGCUGAAAAAGGGAAUGACCAAGAGGAGCGAGGGGAACCUACCUCUUCUGGGACGGCCGCCGCAUCUUUGACAAAGAGCAGAAAACGCCCAUUUAAUUUAAAGAGAACGAGGGGAAAAUAUCGCCGCAGACAUUCCCGCCUUAGGUCCGGAGGUAAAAAGCCAGGGGAGCAGUUCCCGGAGGGAGAAGGUGGCAGUAGCGAGUCAUUGGACGGCUGGUAGAAAUCAAUUGUGAAGAAGGAUAAUGGAGGCAGUUCAUUUUCAUUGAGCAGGCUUAGCGAGUUGUAAAAGCCGGCAUCUUGAAGUUCCUCCUCAAGAUUCUUGGAGAUGGGAGGAUUCGGUCGGGCAUUUGCAAAGAGUUGUCGAUCCACAGACCAUUCAUGGUGGGCAGAACUCAGCAAAGCUAUGAAGUCUUACAUUCCAUUUUUCAUUCUUCUUUGGAGUACUGUUGGAAUCUCAAGGGCUGCCAAAAUCGUUAUUGUGCCGCCAAUUAUGUUUGAAAGCCAUCUGUAUAUUUUCAAGACCCUGGCCUCAGCCUUGCACGAGCAAGGCCACCAGACAGUUUUCCUCCUGUCUGAGGGCAGAGAUAUUCCUCCAUCUAAUCACUAUAAACUGCAGCGUUACCCAGGGAUCUUUAAUACCACCACCUCAGAUGAGUUUCUUCAAUCCAAAAUGAGGAGUAUCUUUUCUGGGAGAUUAACAGCCCUGGAACUUUUUGACAUUCUGGAUCAUUAUUCCAAGAACUGUGACAUGAUUGUGGGCAACAAGAAGCUCCUGCAUGCCCUGAAACAGGAAAAAUUUGACCUGCUGCUAGUGGAUCCUAAUGAAAUGUGUGGAUUUGUUAUUGCUCAUCUUUUAGGUACUAAAUAUGCUGUUUUUUCCACUGGCCUUUGGUAUCCAGCAGAAGUAGGUGCUCCAGCACCUUUAUCAUAUGUUCCAGAAUUUAAUUCGCUUCUCACAGAUCAUAUGAACUUGUUAGAGCGGCUUAAGAACACGUUUGUUUAUCUAGUUUCAAGAUUUGGAGUCAGCGUUUUGGUUCUGCCAAAAUACGAAAGGAUAAUGCAGAAGUACAAUGUACAGCCAGCAAGAUCCAUGUAUGAAUUGGUUCAUGAAUCUAGCCUGUGGAUGCUGUGUACUGAUGUUGCACUAGAGUUUCCAAGACCCACGCUUCCAAAUGUUGUUUAUGUGGGAGGAAUUCUUACCAAACCAGCCAGUCCUCUACCCGAAGAGCUUCAAACGUGGGUGGAUGGUGCUAAUGAAAAUGGCUUUGUCCUUGUUUCAUUUGGAGCUGGAGUCAAAUAUUUAUCAGAAGACAUAGCACUUAAAUUGGCCCAUGCUUUGGCUAGACUUCCUCAACGAGUUAUUUGGAGGUACUCAGGAAAGAAACCUAGGAACUUGGGUAACAAUACAAAACUCAUAGAAUGGUUACCACAAAAUGACUUGUUAGGUCACUCUAAGAUUAAGGCCUUCCUUAGUCAUGGUGGCCUCAACAGCAUUUUUGAAACUAUGUAUCAUGGUGUACCUGUGGUGGGAAUUCCUCUUUUUGGAGACCAUUAUGACACUAUGACCCGAGUGCAGGCCAAAGGCAUGGGGAUAUUACUAAACUGGAAAACCAUUACUGAGGAUGAAUUAUAUAAUGCACUGGUGAAAGUUGUUAAUGAUCCCAGCUACAGACAACAGGCCCAGAAGCUGUCUGAAAUUCAUAAAGACCAACCAUGUCAUCCUGUUGAUCGAACAGUCUACUGGAUUAAUUACAUCCUUCGUCACAAUGGAGCACAGCAUCUACGUGCUGCUGUUUACACAGUCUCUUUAUAUCAGUAUUUUUUAUUGGAUAUUGCUGUUGUUGUACUGAUUGGUACUGCCUUACUGUGCUAUAUUUUGGCCAGGAUAGCAAAAUUUAUCUGCAAGCAAAGCAAACAUCUUUGGUCCACUGAUGAACAUGCAACCAUUAAUGGACAUUACCAAAAUGGGAUACCAAAUGGCAAGUAUAGAAGAAAUGGCCACAUUAAACAUGAAAAAAAGGUGAAAUGAGCCAAUUAUCCAAUGUACAUUAGCAGCGAAUCAGUUCUAUAAUUGAAUUUUUUAGCUGUAACUUAGUCUAACACCUACUUAAAUUAAAAUAAUAAACAGUUCUAACGCUCCCCUACAGUAUGUAAUCUUAUGCAAUUAAAUUCUGCAGAACUAAGGAAAAUCUUUAGAAAAAUGAAGCACAAGCUAAAAUGCAAACUGUAUUUUAUUCUUAAUACUGAUGCAGAAAGAUUAUUCUGGCACUGAAGUUUUUUAGAAGCCUUAAUUCUCUGAAGUAAUUCAAUAAGUAUAUUUAUGACUUCUCCAUUUGUGAAUCUGUGUGUGUGCGUCCCAGAUAAGGAAAGUUUCACUUGACACUGGUUCUUCCUUUAUUCAUAUACUCAUUCAUAUCUUUCCAGAGAGAACUUUGUUUGAUUUAUCUAAGGUUCAAUAUGCUACCUGUCAAUGAUGUUAAUGAAAGUAAUCUUUCCUAGUGUUUGGUACAUAGCAGUAAACUAACUGCAGAAUCAUUAUGGAGCCAUAAAAAUCAUAUUCUUAAAAGGCACUGAAGAAUAUGAUUAAAAAACCUAUUCUUUUGAUAUGCUACUUAACUCUUCCUUUCUCUUCCAUUUCUUUAGAGAAAAGGAAAUUGCACAAGAGUACCGUAAGCUGUAAUUUUAUAUUUAUGUAUAUUUUAUGUUCAUUCUUUAUUUUUUCCCAUAUCCAUUAAUGUAUGCCAUUGUAAGGGUGUUUUAUUCCAAUAAUUAUAAGGGCUGUAUGGAUAGAAUAGAUAGUUUUAAGAAAAUAAAUGAAGCAGAGAAAAGAAAAUCUGCCCCAAGCUCUUUGGAAAAGGUUUUGCCAUGUCCCUUGAACCAAUGCAGAAUCAAACCACCUUUGGGGUUUGUUAUAAAGUUGAAUGUCUUUGCUAUUAGAUUAUUUCAAUUAAGUUUGCCACUCCCAGCUCAAAACCACAGUGGUUCUGAGGUUCACUUUCAGUAGUUCUAUCUGUUCUUUAUGCUGGUCUGGGCCACACAAUCCAUGUUACAUAGUUGCCAACAUCAAUUCUCUGAAUAAAAUGGAGGCUAUCCUUUUGGUCAGUUACUGCUGUCUUUGUAGAGGUUUGAUAUCAUGCAUUAAACCUAGAAAACUAGUUGGAAUGUUUGUCUGUACCCAUGUCCAUAGCUGUCCCACUGCUCAACACUUUCAAUCACUGUAGCUGAUACCAGACUUUUCUGGUUUUAAACAGAGAAUGGGAAUACAGGGCAUUGAGCAAAGAUCAGGACUGUCCUAUUGAACCAGUGUUGGCAACUAUGAGUUUAAUAACUUCCAUGUCAUUCUGUUUACUUGGAAUUUGCACUACACAUGUUGUGAGUGUCCAUUUUAUUUAUUUGCAGUUUGAAAUUCCAUGUCCAACAGCAGUAGGGGGGGAAGUCUCUAUUGAGUGUUGUUCUGAAAAAACAAACAGAAUGCUAAAAUCAUCUUCGUACACAAUGACAUGCUAUUUCAUUAUCAUCCCAUCAGGAGCCUCUAUCUUGUAGCCAUAAAAUAGCACUGCAAAUGUGUUCAUAAUACUGUAUUCAGUACAGGAAAUUGUACUGCUUUCCAGAUACUUGAAGAAAGUGGUAUUAUCAGUAAACUGUUAGCUUUAUCUUUUUACAAUCCUAUCAAUAUGUGGCAACUAAAGGAACACAAAGAGGCAAUGAAUGGUGGGAGAGUGACAGGACGUAGAGUGUAUGAAUGAGUUGGUUUUAAUGUAUUGAAGAAGGUACACAAGCACUGACCGGAUGAUUAAGGAUAACUUAAUCUCCACUGUGAUACAACUUAAGCAAUAAACAUGGAUUUAAUAUAGAAACAAGUUGUUGAAAGCACGUCUUUAUUCAAAUACACUUGUCUGUUUAUGUGUAUACAAAAGCUAUACCUUGUGUAUGCAUGACUAAUAACUGUUAGGUUUCUCUUCAUAUACAUAUUUUUGUGUGUGUGUGUGUUCUGUAAAUACCCAUAGUCACAUGUUUCGUAACAUAAUUAAAAAACAAAUAUUCUGUUUCCUCUUAGAAAAAGAAUUCUGGCAAAAUUUAUGCCUUUGGUCCACUGUCAGUUUAAUAAAAUGGACUCACUUUAUACUUUGCAA